AUGCAAUACUCGUCAUUCGUUCUCGCCGCAGCCGCCGGCCUAAUCACCAACGUCGCUGGCCACGGGUUCCUCGCCUCCCCACCACCACGUAUCGCUGGUGACGCCAUGAAAGCAGUAUGCGGAAACCAAGUCUUCAGCAACCAAGCCUCCGACAACGGCGGUAACAUCCAGGGCAUGCUCCAAGUUGCAAAGUCCCAAAAGGACUUUGAUCCCGUCAAGUGCAACGUCUUCCUUUGCAAGGGCUUCCAGUUCGCGGACAACGCGAAGAACAUCCAGACCUACACGGCUGGCCAAGUCGUCCCAUAUAAAUUCGACAUCCGCGCUCCUCACACCGGUACUGCCAACAUCUCCGUCAUCGAUACCGCGACCAAUAGCAUCAUUGGCGAACCACUCCUUUCCUUCGCCAUGUUUGCCGACAACGCAAAGACGAUCCCGGAGGAUCAGAGGACCGGUUCUUUCACCAUUCCUACCGGAUUGGAGAGCAAGUGCGCCACGGCUGGGAGCUGUGUCAUCCAGCACUUCUGGGAUGCCCGCUCCAUCGAUCAGACCUACGAGUCGUGCAUUGAUUUCCAGAUGGGCGGUGGUGGUGGUGGUGCUGCGGCUCCUCCUGCUACUGUUACUCCGGCUGCGGCUGCUGCUGCUGCUGCUGUUCCCGCUGGAAACGCUCCUCCCAAGGUUACUCCUACGACCUUCGCGACGGCUAAGAAGGCGGCUGCGACCCCAGCUCCUCAGAGUAAUUGCUCAUAG